CGCGGGCGACGGGGAGGCCGGAGGAAGCGAGACGGGCCGUGGCGCCAUGGCCGCGGCGCGGGGGUCGCUGCCGCUCCUGCUGCUGCCGCUGCUGCAGCUGGCGGCGCGCGCCUGCCCGGCCGAGGAGCAGCCGCGCUGGCCCGUGCCGUACAGGCGUUUUGAUUACCGCCCCAAAACAGAUCCCUACUGUCGGGCCCGCUAUAGCUUUUGCCCAGCUGGUUCAUCAAUUCCAGUAAUGAAGGACAACGAUGUCCUUGAGGUUUAUCGAUUGCAAGCGCCUGUCUGGGAAUUCAAAUAUGGAGAUCUCCUUGGGCACAUGAAAAUCAUGCAUGAUGCUGUUGGUUUCAAGAGCUCUUUAUCUGGGAAGAACUAUACAAUGGAGUGGUAUGAACUCUUCCAGCUUGGGAAUUGCACCUUCCCGCAUCUUCGACCUAACAUGUCUGCCCCCUUCUGGUGUAACCAAGGGGCUGCUUGUUUCUUUGAAGGAAUAGAUGAUGCCCACUGGAAGGAGAAUGGGACCUUGGUUCUGGUGACCACCAUCUCAGGAGCAAUGUUUAAUCAAAUGGCAAAAUGGGUGAGAUAUGAUAAUGACACUGGCAUUUAUUACGAGACAUGGAUGGUCAAAGACAGUCUGGAUGAACAUGCCAGAGUGUGGUUUGAGCCUUACGAAUGCUCCAAGUUUGUUCUGAGGACGUACCAAAAGCUGGCUGAACUAGGGGCCAUAUUCAAGAAGAUACAGACUAAUUAUACCACCAUUACACUCUUCAGUGGGGAGCCCACUUGCUUUGGAAACGAAACAUCUAUAUUUGGACCACAAGGAAACAAAACAUUGGCUUUAGCCAUUAGAGAAUUUUACUCUCCAUUCAAACCUUAUCAGUCAGUCAAAGACUUCUUUAUAAACCUGUUGAAGAUAUUUGAUGAAGUGAUUCUGAAGCAUCACUUUUACCUCUUUUAUAAUCUGGAAUAUUGGUUUUUGCCCAUGAAAUAUCCUUACAUGAAAAUAGCCUAUGAGGAAGUCCCAUUACCUAGUUCAAAUGUCGCCAUGAUUGGCACUUAAUUCUUUUAAAAAAAGAUUUUUUUAAAGCCAGGCUAUGCUGUUGCUUGCAUUCUUCAAGCUAGCGUCUGUGAAUUGGUCUCUACAAGUAUUAUCUUUUACAUUAUAAAACUGCUAAUAAAGGUAAAAUUCACAUUUAAAAGCACUUUUCAAAGUUAAAAUAAAAUUUGCUUAUGAAUGUUUGUUCUUAUAAAUAGGUUUCCAUACUUGGAAAAAGCAGCCCAAGGUUGCCCCCUGGCAAUUCUUUCAGAGGAAAUAUCAAAAUACCAUUAGACCAAACAUACUGCCACGAUAAUUAUCUGUGGAAGUCGUUUUCUCCAUGUAAACUGGGACCAACCAUGAACUCUCUUUCUUGCUCUGAUUAAUAUAACUGCACUUCUUGCACAUUAGAAUAAUAGUGCACCUGAUUUUGUCACCCAUACCAGAUUCUAGACCUGGCCAUUGCUGGUUUCUUUUUUUAGCAGGAAAGAGCAGCAGGCUGAGGUUGCUUAUGGAAUUUGCUCUUGAAAAUGCUACCACAGGGCUGAGGCAAUUCUGUCCUUUGUUGUAUUUCUUCCCAAGCUCCAAUUUCUGAAAUUGUAACUAACCUGAGUGCAUUGGCAGGAACAAAGUGUACAUAUACAAGGAAAAAAUGUUAAAAGGCCCUGCAAGUCCUGUUGGAUUAGCACUGUGAAUCCCAAUUCCUUAUACAGAUACCGAAAGGAUUUGUAACUCCCACUUUAUUCCAUGCCUGCUCAAAACAGCAACUUGCAUUACCAAACAUGAGAGAAAACAACUCUUUCCUAAGAAGGCCAUUCUUGCAACAGAUGUUUUCUAAGAGUAAAUAAUAUGAUCCAUUUUGUCAGUUAUCUGCAUAAACAGAAAUUAGCUAGAAUGGCUUGAGUCUUGAUUUUUGUACCAAAAAAAAAAAAAAAUCAGAAGCAGUUAAGUAUGCACUGACUCUUUUGCAUAUACAAUACUGUGGAGCUUGGCAAAUAAAAUCAAUCCUGGUUUAAUUUUUCCUCAA